CACAAGUUAAAAGACAUGUCGGUAGAAUCAAUGUGGAUCAAGUUUGAUUGCUGGAGGAAUGAUGGGAAAGUGCAGCAGCAGAGCAGGUGUGUUGAAGCUCUCUUCAUGUGUGGCUCCUCUCAGGUGACCCAGUGUCAGACUCUGUCCCUGUCCUGGGACUGGCCACAAGGUCUCCCCUGUCCUUCAGAAGAGGAGGCCCACUUCUUGGAAGGCCCACUGCUGAAAGUUCUGUUGGACCGUCUGGGACGCGUUCUGGAGCAGCCAUAUGAGCUGAACCUGCAGCUGACGGCGGUUCUGUCCAGACUGUCAGCCUACAGCCAUCCUCUGCUGCAGGAAUACCUGCUGGACCCGUACAUCCCCCUGUCUCCCUGCUCCAGGUCGCUGUUCUCUGUCCUCAUCAGGGUGAUGGGUGAGUUGAUGCAGAGGAUCCAGCAGAUUCCAGACCUGCCAGACAGACUGUUGAACACCAGAAGAGACCUGCUGGGAAUGAGCCACAACAAUGGACAGGAACACCUGACUUUGCUUAAAGGGAUCAUUGUCCUGGAAGAGUUCUGCAAGGAGCUUGCUGCCAUUGCCUUUGUCAAGCUCCCUAUGGAGAAUGAUUUACCUGGAUCUCCUGGAUCUGGCUUGGAUCCACCUCAUGGAGAUGCUUUUCCAGAUACUCCCUGAUCACGUGCUAGGAGGUUCAUCUCCAUCCUGAUGGUAUGACAACUCUGGUGGGUUUCUGGUUCUCUCACUCCUGCUGGUUCCUGCUCCAUCACACCUGAUUUAGUGGAUGAUCUCAUCAAGACGCAUCUAAAUCCUGGAACUGUUGUUCUUCUGAACUCAAAGCCUUCGUUUGCUUCUUAAAGCUCUUAUAGAAUGACCACAAUGAGGAUCAACAGCAGAGAAGGUCCAAUGUGACCUCCAGUUCAACUCUGACCUCAAACUGCUUUGAACUCAUUUGGGGUUUUCAAGCCUUCCAGACUGACAGAUGAAGGCUGAGAGAUGACAGCAACAAGAUCAGUCCUCAGAGCAGAGGCCACUUCUUAAAUGUCCAUUUUUAAAGAGAUGAUCAAAUAUUUCAGCACAAGCGGC